CUGUUGAUUCUUUUAGCGCGCUACCCUGGCAGUAAUCGCACAGUUUUUCCUCGACCGUCCGUGUGUUAAUCUCGCGUGUGCGGCCCCCUCCGAGAGCGAAUUCUGCUGCUGCUGCUGCUCCACGCUGUCUCUGGCACUUCGUUUACACACGGGAAAAACUCGUGCGACGCAAAACAGUGACGCGUGUUUGCAUUAAGUGUUUUCUAAUUCGUUUCAUCCAACGUUCGAUCGCUGAAAUUUCGUUCUAUUGCAACCACCGAUCGACCAGGCGCCGUCCCGAGUGACGAAGCAACAAGGCGCCCUGACACUGUCCAGCACCGCCACAACUGUGCCACACACAACAUCCCCCCGAACGGGUUGCCGAAAGGAAAAGGGUUUCGGGCAAGGGUUCCCGUGGAUCGUGAGCGGCAUGCCAGUCAGUUGCUCUGCGAUCGCGAAACACGCUAAAGCUUUCGCAGUUGUGCUCUGUAGGGGAAAAUAAACAACAACAGCAGCCACGUGCUUACGGUGAAGACGUAGCGAACGCAAGUGCACCAAUCAAUCGACACAGUGAAUCGAGGGAAAAAAGAUAGGGAAAAUGUUGCAAAUUGUGAAGAGAAGCUUCAUCUGAAAGUACAUCCAAGCUAAACGUUUGAAUUGAGUGGUGCUGUUUUUUUUUCGGUAAUUUGUUGCUCCUAGCGAGCGUAAAGUGCGUUCCGCGGUAUUGUCGUUGUGUUUAAAGAUUGUACGGAAGUUUGAUGCUACGGUGAAUUGGUGCUGAAGUGUAGGCAAAAGUGUGUUCUACCAAAUUUUUGUCUUUGUGCAGUGCAAGUGAGGCGUCAAGAAAAGGGUGCCAAAAAACUCUCAAAACCAACAGACAACGACAGUGCAUGGUACUAUUGAUCUGCAGGCAGCUCAUGGCAGUGUUGUGAACCGCAAUAGAAAAGCAACGUGUUACCGCCGCGCCCACCAAAGCACCCACCGCAAAUGCUGCUGCUGCAGUGUUCGUUGCGCGGCCGGCAGUGACUCGCGACGAAAGAUGCGCUUCCUUCGCUUCGAACCAACCGAAAAUGAGCAUCCAAUCGGCCGAAGUGCAUCGACCAUCCGGCAGCGGUUCCGGCAGCGACCAUGCACCGAUCUGCGCGCUCGCACUAGCGCCCCGUACCGCCCAGCCGCCCCGGCGCAGUGACCGGCCGGCAGGUCGUGGCGUGGCAGCGGCCAGCGGCAAAAUGGUUCCGACCAGCGACGGGCCGGCGAAGCUGACGCUGCUGAUUAUGCUGCUAAUUGCCGUUAUUGACCACGGUGAAGCGGGUACCUGUUGGUUGCGGCGGUUCGACUCGUCGGGAAAGUGCAGCCAGCUGUUCGCACGCAACGUGACGCGGGAGAGCUGCUGCGGGGCCGGUGCCAGCGGUGGGAAGGGCUUCAGCGAACGGGACAUUCCCGACGUCGGCCUGUUCUUCCUCAACGCGUUCAACGACGGGAUGGAGUGCACGUCAUGCCUAGAUACCUGCGAUCGGACAAAAUGCGGCCCGAACAAACGGUGCGUGAUGCGUCGCAACCGCCCCAAGUGCAUCUGUGCACCGAGCUGCAGCGGUGGCAGCAACAAACGGCGCCCCCAAACACCCCGGCGCAACAACCGGCUGCACCAGCUGCACCAGCAGCCAGAGGAGCAGCCGCGCUUUCACCAGCAAAACAUUAAGGUGAUCAACCUGAGCGAAAGCCAGCGCGGCCACCGACAGUAUUUCGCCGACGCCGGGCGGCAACCGAGACCGCGCCAGCUUCGGUACACGGGAAGCCCGGAGAAGGGCGGCAGCAGUGUAAAAAAGACUAGCCUAAGUGAGAGCCGACCACCACCGCCGCCAGUCGACGGUGGCAGCCAAAGAGCGAGCGCCAAGCACGGCGCGAAGGAUAAUGCUAAAGCUAGGAAGCAUAAUUUAUUGGAAUCUGUGACAUUAGCGAGUAGUAGCAGCAGCCAUAGUAGUAGUGCUAGUAGUAAUCGUGCCGGCAGCAGCAGUAGUAGCGGUAAGCAUAGUAGAAGCAGUAGCGGCACGUCCAAAGGCACCCCGUCCACCGGCAACUGCACCGUGGCGGGCAUUGGUCCGGCACCGGCCGGCUGCAUCGCGCCGGGACGCGCCUGGACCGGUGGCGAACGGAUCGUUCUGCAGCAGAACGGGCUAGCUUUAAAUUAUCCCACCGGCAGUAAGGGUGCGGCAGCGAAAGGACACGGCGCUGGUGCUGCUGCGACAUCGGUCCCACCCAACGCAACGCGACGCCACCAUCGGAAGAGUCCAGCGGUGCCGGUGCGCGCUGGCAACCGGACGGCGAGCGAACAAACCCACCGAAAGGCCACGACCGUGGCACCGUUUGUCGCGUUCGGGAAGCCAAAGCUGCUGCGGGUGCCGCGGGUCGGCCGCAAGCAGAACGCGACCGCGGUGCGGGUGCCGCGCCGCGAGCCAAACUAUUUGGAUGACGUUUUCUUCAUCGAGAACUAUCACAGCAAGCAGCGACGCAAUCGCAAGCACCCGGGCCUGCCGAUCGAGGAUGUGUGGGGCAACGAAAUUAUGCAUCAGGCUAGUUUCUACAACCCAGUGUGUGGCACAGACGGUCGGACGUACAAAACGGAGUGUCAGCUAAAGAAGCGUGCUUGCCGGCAGGAGAUCACAUCCCUGAUGGUAGCCUACAAAGGACAUUGUCAAACAUCCUGUAAGUUUGUACAGUGUCCGGAUGGGAAGCGCUGCAUCGAAGACCAGAACGCCACCCCGCACUGUGUGUCCUGCGGCGUAGCGGAGUGUCGUGCUGAUCGAUCACCCAAAUCCGUCGUCUGCGGUACGGACGGGAUCACCUACCCAAGUAUCUGCGAGCUGAAACGGCAGGCCUGUCUGAGCGGUCGGGCCAUUCCGGUCGCCUACCGGGGAAGAUGUGUUGAAGCCGCCACUUGCGAGACGAUCAAGUGCAAGGAUCGGCAGCACUGUCUAACGGAUCUGAAAACGCAUAAACCGCGCUGCGUCAGCUGCAGCUACAAAUGUCCCCGCUCGAAACGCCAGCAGGGCUACGGAAAACUGUACCGUGAUCCCAAAAAUGUUCCCUUCUACGAUCACAACGUGAAGCUGUGCGGUACCAACAAUCGAACAUAUCACUCCUGGUGCCACAUGCAGAAGGACUCCUGCACGACGGGAUUCUACAUCGACGUCCAGCAUGGCGGCUCGUGCGCCUUUGGAAGAUAAACCCACCAAAAGGAUCGAUUCGGAUCGAUCGAACGAGCUGUCGAAUAAACGUCACACAGUAAAAUGAAUGUGACUGUGUCGUAUCCGCAAGCGCAAGAUACCAGCAAAGAAGUAUAAUAAACGUUAAUGCAAGAGAAAGAGAGAGCAAAACCGUAAGAUAACUGAACAAAAAACGGAAAGUACAUUUGUCGAGAAGAGUGUGUUGGAACAGAAAAGAUGUAAAGAAAUACUUAUCAAUGGUACAUAUUUAACUGUAAAUUUAGAAACGCAACCACCAGAAGAGCACACACAUUACCGAGCAUGUUUUGUUUUUUAUUAAUUUUUAUUUAUGAACCAACAAUCCGUCACUUCGUUAAGUUAUUUAUUUACCAAACCCCUUGUAGGAAAGUAGCAUGCAUAUUGCACCUUGAUAAAAUCGAAACAUAGAAGCAGUGUGGUGUAGAAAUGGUUGUACAUAAUGCAAAACAAAUCAUAAUUUAAACUGUAGUGUACGUCUGUCGGCAACAGUAUGUUACAAGACGCUAGACCGUUCGCUGUAGGUGGUAGAAAUAUUUAACCCGAGCCGACCCGUGACCCUGCGUCCCCUUUACUAUCUGCCCGAACAGCACAGUACACCCACCUAGGAGCGCGGUUACGGUUUUAUGAGUAAUUUUUAAGUAAGCUGUUUUUUGUAUUUUAUUUUAUUCUUUUGCUUUCUAAAACUUCAAGCACUAUUUAUUGUACCUUAUCCCCUGGUCGAGCACGGCCAUGGAGCAAAUCGGAUGAAGCGGAGGGGAAGCGAGCAUGUAUAGUAGUGAAAUUUACGCGAAACGUUUGUCGAUAGGAUUCCCCCUAGCAAUCGAAACCAAAAGAAAAUGAAAGAGAACGGUCACAGCAGAAGACAGUAGAAGGAAGAAAGGAAGGAAAUUUAUCAACCCUAAACGAUGUACUUUAAUCUCGCCACUCUAUGGCGAUAAUAUAUAAUAAUUCUUGAAAAGAUUUUAAAAACGAAUUGGCAAAAACAACAAGGAAAAAGACAGUGUGCUCGGUGGCAGUGAAUGUUUAGAGUGCAAGCAACCAGCGUGUGUCGAGGAGUGUAAGAAUGUUGCGAAUAAAAUCAACAAGCUGAAGCACCAUCAAACAAGUAAAUCAUUGGUGCUGCGCAAUAAAAAAAAAACACACACACACACACACACACACACUUUGCGAGCUGUUCCGUUGUAUACAGAUAGCAGACAAAUCAAUGCACCGUAGCCGUUUAUCCACGUGCCACCAAUCUAUUACAAUCAACUGUGUUCCGCGUCGUCGCGUGGCGCUGGGACACCAAAACAAACAAACAAGCAAAUCAUGCAGAGUUUUAGGUGUGAAUUUAGUCGGUUUCUCCCCAGUUAGUAUGGUUCAUUGGAAAGUUUUAGGACAAUUUAAGCGAAAUAAAAAAAAAAAACAACACAAAAACCCCCUAAACCAGAGCACACAGGACAGUGGCCUUUCCGGUGAGGGGGGAGGCGUAUCAUACAAGCAACAAACAAAUAACAAAAACAAACCGUUAGGCUGAGCUACAAACAGUAUGACAAAUUUUAAACCUAAAGUAAGCAACCAAACCCUUAUCCUAGAACAAUUUAUCGCAUUGUCGCAGUGGCGUAGUGGUUUUUAGAUUAUAACAAAAAAAAAGGAAGCAUUGAACAAGCGUGUGCAAAGAACACGGUACAGCAGUAGACGAGACGAGAUGGUCCAGUAGUGCAGCGUGAAGAAAGAGGAAGGAAGUGUUCGCACGUGUAACGCAUUGCAGCGGUAUUAGAGGAAAAAAAAUUGACUGAUUUUUGAAAGCGAAAGCGAGAGAGAAAGAGAAAUACAAAGUUACAACACAAAGAUAAAUAAACUAAAACUUUACCUUUAUUGCAAUUGUAAUCUGCAAACUACUUCUGCAAGACCAUUAGGCAAAUCCACCCAUCCCCGGACUUGUGUAGUGCAAAUGUUGUUGGUAAAUUAGUAGCAAAAAGUUCUUUAAAAAGAAAAUGUUUAAACAAAACAAAAAAAUACAAAAAGUUCACCAGCAUGUGUGCUCACCUUCAUGGGUUAAUACAGUGAAGCACGGAAUUCAGUUAGCGGCAGUUCGGUGUACAUGUUUUUUUUUUAGUAAGCUAAAUUAAUGCAUCCCAAAAAUUUAGUACUAUUCUACAGCAUUGAAGCCAAAAACGAAGGAAAUCAGCGUUGAAGUAAACGAACGAAUGAAUUGCUGAAACAAGAAAAAAAAAGUAAAAUAACUUUCCCUCCCAUACAAGCAAAAGUUGCACUGAUAUAUACACAAACAUGCAAAUUAUAGAAGAAAAAAAACGGUCAAUUUUAAAAGCUCAACCCCCAGUAGAAGCUAAAAAUGCGAACACAUAGAGAACACACACACACACAAACAGGUAUGUCAAACGUUCCAGAAUGGUAGAAAUCGUACCCCAAAAAAAAAUAAGAAAAGAACAACCAAUCUAGUAAAAUAAAUGUUUAUUCAUGUUGACAAAAGU